AUGAACAUUCUGAGUGAAAUAAAGAAACAAGUAGAAAUAGAAAUGAAAAAGAUUAAGAAGGUACCAGUCUCUAAUAAAACUAUAACUUGUUAAUAAAAGAAAGAAUUAUUUGAUUUGGUGAAUCAAGGAAUACUCUUGAAAGAUGCAGCAAAAUAAUUAAACCUUACUUAUCAUGAGGCCAAAAUAGUAUACAAUGAAUAAAAGAGAAAAUCUAUGAAUACUUAGAGUGAAACUGAAUCUGCAGUCUAUAACAUGCGGACUGCUGGAGUUAGUGAUCUGAAAGUGUUUCCAAGACACUUUCUAUUGUAACAAAGUGUCAACAAUACCUUGGUAUCUGUUAGACGGCUAUUUAAUAUAUUAGUUUUGAACCCAAAAUAAUAAUGA